UAUCGCGUUUUGACGUGAGCUCUUGAAAGCUGAUGCCAUCAUCGCAAUUAUUCAUCACAAUAUCACAAUACAAACACCUCAAGCUUACCAUCGGUAUUACCAACACAUCAAAGCAUCAUGUCCAAGGCCCGCACAGCUCUCGAAGAAAUGGGAAAGGAUGGCUCCUUCAAGCGCAAAGACUCCGCCUGGAGAAGCUGGAUCAGCAAUGAGGAGGGAGCAGAAUUUCCCCCUGAAAGCGGGCGCUACCACCUUUUUGUGGCCGCUGCCUGUCCUUGGGCUCAACGAACCCUCCUCACACGUGCGCUCAAGGGAUUGGAAGAUGCGAUUUCGACCACUGUAGUCCACCCCACGUGGAGGAGGACCAGACCCGAUGACGACGAAGACAAGCACUGUGGUUGGGUCUUUGGAGCUCCUAAAGGCUCUGACGAAACAUUCAAAAAUUCUAUCGGCUUGGGUGGUCCUUUCCCUUGUCACAUGGAUGGCUGCGAGCCCAACCCUCUCUUCGAAAGCAAAGCCGUUCGUGAUAUCUAUGAAAAAGCCAAGGACACCGAGGGAAAGUACACUGUUCCUAUACUCUGGGACAAGAAGAAAGAGACCAUCGUCUCCAAUGAGUCUGCUGAGAUUAUUCAGAUGCUUAACGGGUGUUUCAACGAAUUCGCCAAGAAUCCAAAACUUGACCUAGAACCUGAAGAACUCAAAGAGGAAAUGGCAUCUGUUGACACAUGGAUCUACAACACUUUGAACAAUGGUGUCUACCGUUGCGGAUUUGCAUCCUCUCAAAAGGCGUAUGAAACUGCAAUUACGGAGUUGACGGAUUCCUUCGACAGAGUGGCUCAAAUCCUCGAGAAGCAACGGUUCAUCGCUGGUGAUCAGAUUACACUCUCGGACAUUCGCCUCUUCCCAACUUUGUUGAGGUUUGAUGAAGUGUACAUUGUAUACUUCAAGUGCAACACACGCGCUGUCCGGCACACUCCGGCUAUUCUCAACUAUUGCCGUGAGAUCUACCAAAUGGCAGGAGUCAAGGGAACUGUGGACAUGGCACAAAUCAAGAUGCACUACUACACGUCGCAUCCUCAUUUGAACAAAUUCUCAAUCAUCCCCAGAGGACCCAACUUUGCCAAGUUGCUGGAAGCACCGCAUGACCGCAACCUUGUGGCCAACAGCAAGAAGCAAAAGGUCGAAGAGUAAUUGGGGAGAAAGUGAAACUUGUUUGUUUGCUACUGGUACCGGUACCGGAAGUUUCCCAUACGGUACAUGUAGUUAAAUGCACGAUAGAGUGUGCUUUUGUUUUUU